GGCAGUACUGACACCUGAGUCCGUCUAGAAAGACUGGCAACACUGAUAUUCCCUCUCUAACUUAUCAUAAUACAAUGCUCAAUUCUAAUCAGCUCCACUUCAAGGCAUGUUGUUGUUCUCUAUUAAUCUCUCUUCAUUGUUGUUUUCCGAGGAUUACUCACUCGUCACUAGGAGGAGCCGGGCAAUUCAGAGACGUUGCGUACAACAUUGGUCAAAACCAGGAUAAACAGUUGCAAACAAUUAAUCACACAAACAACAUGAAUGUUUCGGAGCCCAAGAGGAUCUCGCAUCAUCUGUUGAAAGCGGACCAUGUUUUUGAUGGAGAAAAUAUAGAAGAAGGUUGGUGGGUGCUAGUAGCUGAUAAUCAGAUAGCAGCUUUGGGUAAGCCUGGUGAUUUUUGUGUGCCACCAGAUACAAAAAUUGUAGAACUAAAAGGCCAAACCUUAAUUCCAGGUAUGAUAGAGGGGCAUUCUCACAUGUUCCUCCACCCUUACAAUGAAACAAGCUGGAGUGACCAGGUGUUAAGAGAGAGCCGUGCAGAGCGAACAGCUCGUGCAGUAAAUCAUGCUCGGUCUACUUUGUUGGCUGGCUUUACCACUGUCCGUGACUUGGGGACUGAAGGAGCUAUGUAUGAUGAUGUAGGUUUAAAACAAGCGAUCGAUAAAGGUGUUAUACCAGGUCCUCGCAUACUGACAGCUACGCUUGCAAUCGUGGCAACCGGCAGUUAUGGCCCGCAAGGAUUUAAUGAAGCCACUAUGGAGAGCAUAAUAAAAGGUGCCGAAGAGGCCGAUGGUGUUGACGCGCUGGCUAGAGUAGUGCGAUCUCAAAUUGGGCAUGGUGCGGAUGUAAUUAAAAUGUACGGUGACACAGGGUCAGGGGCAGUUACAUUUAGCUUGGCUGAAUUGCAGUUGGCUGUGGAAAUUUCUUCAAGUAGUGGUCGAUAUGUAGCAGUACACACCUAUACAGAGGAGGGAAUGCGAAGGACUAGUUUGGCAGGUGUGCGUACCAUUGAACAUGGCGAUGAUGGCACUCCUGAAAUUUUUGAAUUAAUGAAGCAGAAGGGCGUUGCUUUAUGUCCUACCCUGGCUGCUACAGAAGCCAUUGCUAGUUACCGAGGCUGGAAAAAGGGUGUUGAUCCAGAGCCGGAAAGAGUAAAGGAGAAGCACAGGUCCUUCAACUUUGCACUGCAAAGUGGAGUGACCAUUUGCAUGGGAGGUGAUGUUGGCGUUUUUCCACAUGGUGAUAAUGCUCGCGAGAUUUUACUUCUUGUCGAAUAUGGUAUGGAACCUAUCAAGGCAAUGCGAUCAGCCACCUCCAUCAACGCAGAGGUAUUUGGUUUAAAAAGACUAGGUCGCAUUCGCCCUACCUAUCUGGCUGAUCUGAUUGCUGUGAGUGGGAAUCCAGCAGAAGAUAUCACUUCCCUAAAACAUGUGAACUUUGUGAUGAAAGAUGGUGUGAUUUACAAGCAGUAAGCAGCAUUGUCUAAAGCUGUGGUUUAAAAUGGUGCAAGAAUGUAAUACUCCAGACACGUAUAUAAGAAAGUGUGAGGAUGGGCACAAAAGUCCAUGCUUCCAUGCAUUACCAUCACUGAUUAAAUUCACUCAAUACUCAUUUUCAUUUAUUUCUCUAUUCUCAUUUAAGCGUUUGUUCAAAGUACCACUUCAUUCAUUUAAGAUGAUUCUACGUACCUGAUGUAAAUAUUUGUAUGUAAACUUACAAGAUAAUAAAAUCAUGAUGAUACUGGAGGUGGUAAA